UAUAUGCACCCAAUCUCAUUAACAUAUUUUCUGCAUAUUUGGGAUACUUAAUGAGGCCCUUGCCUAACAGGCCUAUAGAGGCAAUGUCAUUUUUUCCUUGCUACAUAUGGGUAUUGUUCAUGUGUUGUUGUAAUAAGUGGUAACGUGUUAUUCAAGAGAGCGUGCUACAUAGUACCAAUCUGCGGAAUAAGAUUUAUGAACUCUACUCUUCAUGCACAAAUCUGGGAGAUUCAUUAUUCUCAAUGAAAGAAAAACAGCACGUCGUUUGGAAACACCAGAUUCCGCAUUUUUUGCUCCAAGGGAUGGGAGAAAGUAUCGACAUAUUUGGCAACUGGUUAUUCAAAAUACCAACAUUUGCGGUGAGCUGAGUUCAUCGUUUCACAUUUUGUUCAUGAUAGGAUAGAAACCUGGGCAGUACUGGCGGUUCGUGUGAAGCUCAUAGAACUAUGGACCUGAUCUCCGUAUAAAACUUGAACAAUAGGACCUGGUCCGACCUAAAGUGACCCAGAAUGAAACAUCUGGAGACUUUACAGGAAAGAUGUCAGGUGCAGGUGGGACACCACCUUGAGUCCUAUCCACCUGACAUACUGUCCAGGCUACCUGGCACCUUUGUGGCAGGCAUAUUACCUCACCUGUGUCAGCAUCACCUCAACAACUGUCAUGAUGAUAUUCUUCAGACAGGUGUUGACCCAAAUCCGGUGUGGCAUACCCUCUUUGCAAGUCACUUCAAAUGGGAAUCCAGAAUGAUGUUCAGACACGUCGUCAGUGAGUGUGUCGUCAGAAGUAGGGUGGAGAAAACCAUCCCAUCAGACGAUGUUUGUGAUGAAGACAAACCAGACUGGAGACAGCAGUACCUACAGCGGUACUUCCACAAGUUACUGUGGUACAGGUCUCGUCCGCCCAGACCACAGGAGGACAACCGAGAGCCUCUCCUGCUGUCCCCCAGCUGUUCAGACCAGUGUCUCCGUGCUGCCCAGGACCUGAUGCUGUACGCUCCACAUGUCCACAGGCUUCUUCUGUACGACAGUAGGGCCUUCAACUACAUACUACAGGACCAGCUUCUGCACAGAUGUCUCCUGGAAACUGUGUCCCACCUGGAGAUCCACUGGUUCCGAGGCCUGCCAGGUGUGGGGACCUUCCUGAGGAGAUGUCUGUCGUCUCCAGUUUCCAAGCUGGAGAAACUGACCAUGCACGGGGUACCCGGGGGAACAGACAGGACAGCAAUACAGCUGCUCAGUCUCUGUGCAGGCUUAGAAGCAGAGGCUAACACACCCUGUCUGUACUGUAACAACACACGAAAAGACUCAUGUGUACACGGAGAGGACUUUUCAGGAGAUGACAACAUUGAUGUUGAACAAGGUGGUAUGAAGACAACAAUAGGACCACAUUCAUCAAGAAUCCCGCCACUACACUCUGAUGAAACUUUCCACGAGCAGGACCAAGCUUCGACAUCUCAUAGGAGAACAGAUUCCAGCAACUCUUUAGAUGAAACUGUGACAGACAAGGAUGAAAGAACCAGUGACUCUGAGGAUCUGUAUGACAUCGCAGUAGGAGUAGGCUGUAGUACAUCUGACCACACACAAGUAAAUGUGAACUGUUUUGAAGAGGAGCUCCCAUUGCUGCCUGGAGACACAGGUUGCAGCUGUACAUGCGGAGUCAUGCUUGAAAGAAAGGUAUGGACAAGAAAAGAAUCUUUCAAAUGUAGAUAUAUGUUUGAACUACAUAGAGCAAUCACAAACUAAAGAUAAGAAUCCGCAUUCAGAAACUGAACGUA